AUGUUCAGUGGCUCCUCGAGCCCACCCAAAGAGAGACUAGAUACCAUCCCACAUUCGACUGCCAUCGACACCCCUUCCAAGGGCGUGGUGACCGAAGAAGCCGGCGUAGUGCAGAAGAAAUUCUCUCCUCCCGGUGGAUUCUUUACACGACGAACGAGCGAAGACCAAGCCCCUUCCGCCGACAAGAAGCGCCGGAGUAGCACGGUCACAAAAGCGGCCACCUUCUUCUCUAACGCGAAGAACUCGUUAAGCCUGAGCAGUAGUCCUCGUGAAAGCACUUUGGCCAACUACAACCCUCGGCCCGCAUCAACGCUGCAUUCAGCCGGGAAUAUGGAUCCUGCAUUGAGCGUUCCCCAAGGUUCAUUGAAUAACUCGGCCGGAGAAUCGCUGCCGACCCUCCAUUCAUCAUUCAGGGUUGGCGUCACGGAAGAUCGGAAUCGAAAAUGUCGUCGGACUAUGGAAGAUACGCAUGCGUAUCUCUACAACUUCCUGGGAUCGCCUUCAUCUUCAACCCCAGCCAAGUCCGGGACCAACGAUGGGGGUGACGUUUCGCCGACUGCCGAAGAUAGUACCAGCGUUGUCGAGACUGAUAACGGAUAUUUCGCUAUCUUUGAUGGACACGCAGGCACUUUCGCCGCCGAGUGGUGCGGAAAGAAGCUCCAUCUGAUCCUGGAAGAAGCCAUGCGAAAGAAUCCGAACACACCUGUCCCGGAACUUCUCGAUCACACAUUCACUGCGGCCGAUCAACAAUUAGAGAAGCUGCCUGUGAAAAACAGCGGCUGCACUGCUGUUAUUGCUCUUCUGAGAUGGGAAGACAGAGUGUCGGGUUCGAAUCCGGUGACGAAUUCUGCCAACAAAGACGAUAGCAAUUCGGAAGCUGGGGACACCCCCACGCAGCUGACCACUACCGGCAAAUCAUUCCCUAAGACGCAAGGGAAAGCCCAACGCCAUCGUAUAUUGUACACAGCUAACGUUGGAGAUGCGCGUGCCAUUUUGUCCCGCAAUGGGAAGGCGCUGCGGUUGUCCUAUGACCAUAAAGGUAGCGAUGAGAAUGAGGGCAAGCGGAUAGCCCACGCUGGAGGGUUAAUACUCAACAACAGGGUUAAUGGUGUCCUUGCGGUAACCAGAGCCUUGGGUGAUGCAUAUCUCAAAGAUCUAGUCACCGGGCAUCCCUACACAACAGAAACGGUGAUCCAGCCGGACGCCGAUGAGUUCAUCAUUUUGGCAUGCGACGGAUUGUGGGAUGUUUGCAGCGACCAGGAAGCCGUAGACCUUAUUCGGAACGUCCACGAUGCGCAGGAAGCAUCGAAAAUCCUCGUCGACCAUGCUCUUUCGCGUUUCAGCACCGACAAUCUAUCAUGUAUGGUGAUCCGAUUCGACACCGAGCGCGUGAAAAGCGUUGCCAACCGAGUCGUUGAGCCCAUCGGCGUCGACGGCGACCCGCCCACGAACGUCGAGCGCGGCGUGAGCGAAGCCGAGAAGAUCGUCGAAGGAGCGAGAAAGAGCAUGGCCAACGCCGGGAUAUCAGACGACCCGGAGACCGCCGAAAAGGCCAACGAAGAAAUAUUACAGAAAAUGUCGGACGACGAGCCCGGGCCCGAGCUUUCGGUCAACGAGCACAGUGACACGCCCAUAUUGAUCCCUGCAGCCUACCCUAAUCCAAAAGGUGGAUGGUUAGCACUGGCAUGA